GAUCAGUUACUUCAGCAAAUUGUUAUUUCUAUAUACAUAUAUAUGUUGUAUCACUUUUUUCUGUAUGCUUUCGCACAAUAGGGCACAGUUCUUUUGACAACACCUUCUAGGAUUAUCAGCCAUGAUAACUUGAUCACUGGUUAAUACAGUGCAAUUAUAGAUAAAUUCUGUGGUGUAUUUCACCCCUGACUGUAGAUUGGUAAUGAGUCCCACAAACGUUUUGCAUAAAACAGUUGUUUUCACUGAAUUCUUUUUCUCCCAGUCUGAGUGUCUGUGUAUAUUCCAAUGGAUACAUUUAAAGGUGUGACAAAGAGAUCUGCUCAGAAAAGUUUCAGUCUUUAACCGAUUUUUGUCAUGUGCUGCUAAACAGAAAACAUCUUUCACUGCAAUGUGUUGACAUUUUGACUGACAAGCUUUCUUGACUGUAUUUAAAACUUUACUGAUAUGUGUUGUCUGUGUCUCCUUAGGUGAAAUAAAUGGAGCUAAAACCUUUAUUGAAGAAGCUGGGUUCAAUAAUCCGCGCCAUCUUCACUUUUGUCUUUGCUUUGGCCGUCCUGGGUGUGAUGGUGUGGGCCUACGUUCAGGGCUAUCAGCUGGUGUCGUCCAUGUAUGGCAUCAUCUCCUUUGGCAUUUAUGGACUCCUACUCUCACUCCAUGUGUUGGUCCAGAGCUUUUUUGCCUUUGUUGAGCACCAGCGAAUGAAAUCUCGAACAAAACCAUGCUCCUAUACCAAAACAAUCGGUUUUACUAUAUCGGCUUACCAAGAGGACCCUGUUUAUCUCAGAGAGUGCUUGAACUCAGUCAGGGCCCUCAAGUAUCCCCCUGAGCUGCUGCGCAUCAUCAUGGUGAUAGAUGGGAAUUCAGAUGAUGACCAGUAUAUGAUGGACAUGUUCAAAGAGGUGUUUGCAGACCAGGAUCCGGGCUACUAUGUAUGGAAUAACAACUAUCAUACCUGGGAUCCCACCCAGGUCCAACAUGAUGAAGAAAAUGGCUCAGCAAUGGGCAUUGAAGGGGGUUCUGAUUAUGUGGUAGGAGAGGAUCCACAGAGAAAAGAAGUAGAGCGCCUGAUCCAGACCAAGAGAUGUGUGUGCAUCAUGCAAAAGUGGGGAGGCAAGCGGGAGGUGAUGUACACAGCAUUUAAAGCCCUGGGGUCAUCGGUUGAUUACAUACAGGUGUGUGAUUCAGAUACGAAGCUGGACCCUUUGGCCACGGUGGAAUUGUGCAAGGUAUUGGAGAGUAAUCCCAAGUAUGGGGCUGUAGGAGGGGAUGUGAUGAUCCUCAACCUUAAAGACUCUUACAUCAGCUUCAUGAGCAGUCUCAGGUACUGGAUGGCUUUCAACAUCGAAAGGUCCUGCCAGUCCUUCUUCAACUGUGUGUCCUGCAUUAGUGGCCCUUUAGGUCUGUAUAGAAAUGAUAUCCUUCAGCAGUUUCUGGAAUCGUGGUACAAUCAAAUGUUUCUGGGAACUCAUUGUACAUUUGGUGAUGACAGGCAUCUCACCAACCGUAUGCUGAGCAUGGGCUAUGCCACUAAAUACACUGCUCGCUCAAAAUGCUACACAGAAACACCCGCUCAGUUCCUUCGCUGGCUCAACCAACAGACUCGGUGGACAAAAUCUUACUUCCGGGAGUGGCUCUACAAUGCAAUGUGGUGGCACAAGCACCAUCUCUGGAUGACCUAUGAGUCCAUCGUGUCAGGUAUUUUCCCCUUCUUUGUCACGGCCACCAUAAUCCAGCUGUUUUGGACAGGCACUCUGUGGGACAUCCUCUGGGUUCUGUGCUGCAUCCAGCUUAUCGGGCUGGUGAAAGCAGCCUACGCCUGCAUCCUGCGGAGAAACAUGGUGAUGGUGUUUAUGUCACUUUACUCAGCUCUCUACAUGACCAGUUUGCUGCCUGCUAAGUACUUUGCCAUUCUCACGAUGAACAAAAGCAGCUGGGGAACAUCGGGCAGGCGUAAGAUGGUUGGUAACUACAUUCCACUCCUUCCCCUGUCGGUGUGGGCUGCCAUUUUAUUAAGUGGACUCAGUUACACCAUCUACAAAGAGAGCAAAGAGGACUGGUCAACUGCGGCUAAAAAACUGGAAACUAGAUUUCUUAUUUAUGGCUGUGUAGCCUACGUAUGCUACUGGGUUCUUAUGAUGUUCCUCUAUUUUGUGUGGUUCCACAGAGCAUGUAGAAAGCGUUCUGGAAGUUACAAAGUGAACGUAUAAAGCUGGCCAUACACUGUGUGUUAUUCAGCUCCUGCUCAAACUGAAUCGCAGGGGUUAGAAGUUUGUAGGUCACGAUGCAGGGUCUCACACUAUAAGGCCCGAUGCUGUGAUGCGACCUGAGUGCUCACACUGGUCGUGUUAGUCGUGUUAAUCGCUUUUCGUUUACUACAUGAUGCACGGCACACGAUUAAGAAGAAAAUUGGGCUGAUCCCCAAAAUGGUCGCACGACUGAAAAGUCGUCUCAAAAUGGGGCCAAAAAUCACACAGUGUAUGUUCAGCUUAAGUCUGAAGAGCAAAAGUAAUUUAUUCAAAUUUAAACCUGACUAUGUGUAUUUAUUUUGUGUCACAUUACUGAAGGACAGGGAUGUUCUACAAUGCUGCUAAAGAAAUAAACUGAAAACUCUUUUGAGAGUCAAAAAAAGAAGAAGAAGAACAGUAUUGUUUC